AUGGAGCAUUGCGGCAUCAAGGCUGGCUGCGCUGCAGCACGGAACAAGGCCCAGCGCAUGGCCAGCGCCGAGAAGCAGCGCCCGACAUUGAGGAGGUACGCGGGUGCGCCGUGGAGAUUCAGAGUGCUCGAGAAGAUUGAGUUGGCGGGUCCUCAAGCGGGGCCAGUUAUGGACAUCGAGUUUUGGACUGCCAGCUACCGCGAUGCUGGAGAUGCGACGUCGACUGGGUGCUGCAUCUGGACGUCGGAGAGGUCGCUGCCCGACUAUUUUGCUCGACUUGGCAGCGCCAGCCCGAUCGGGAACGUAAAUUCUGGCAUGGUCUUCUGCCUGGUCGGCACCAGUCGGUUCCCAGGGGAGCAGCAGGCCGUGCUGGGGUCCGAGGCGCUGCCGACGGUUGGCUCGGCAGGUCACAGGAUCGGCAAAUGCAAGCCCUGCGCGUUCUUGUACAAGAAGGGCUGUUUGAACGGAACGGCCUGCCCGUUCUGCCACCUGUGCGAGGAGGGCGAGAAGCAGCGCCGGCAGAAGGAUCGGGCCGAGAAGAACAAGAAGCCGCUCCGGAAACAGCGCAGGGAGAUCAGGAGAGAGAGUCAAGAGAAGGCCCUCUCGGACGCAGAGGGUCCCGAACCUGCAGGAGUGAAUUGUUAA